GCCUCACGAAAUUCGACAGCCAGCACUCACAAGCUUCGCUACGACAAGCCCCGUCUACGCAUCGUCUCCUGGAAUGCAGGAGGACUUGCAGCUCGCAACUACCGUGAGAUAACCACCUGGCUACAACUAGAGCAUGAAGCCCACAGAACAGUGGACAUCUGCGUGAUCCAGGAGACAUCCUGGAAAGAGGACCUCGAGUACACGACCUCAUUCGAGGCGGCCGGCCAAGUCAAUUGGCACGUGGUUCAUUCAACCAAUAAGGACAAAUCAGGCAUCUUAUGCAUGAUCCGUUCAGGUCUGAUCUCGGCGGACAAGAUCCGCACCUCUUGUCUUCACCCAGGCCGUCUCCUACAUGUUCGUCUUCUCUUUCCAGUACCAUUUGACCUGCUCUGUAUGUACCAACACGCUUGGAACCUGCAAGGCAAGGCACUUCGCGGACCCAGCAAGACAGAUGCACUUCUGCGCCUUCGCAAACAAUUGUGGGAUAGCCUAGACAAGUGGCUGAGCACUGUCCCACAGAGACAUGGUUGUGCUGUGGCAGGCGACUUCAACCUGUCGGUGCACGAGGACCCGCCAACGUGUGGAGCAGGACUUCCCUCGUCUUCGACCACACCUCAUCCAGACCAGUCUGUUCUCAUGGACAUACUUCGAGCCCACAGAUGCUGCGUGCUCAACACAUGGCACAGGAAAGGAGUCCAGAACCGGACGUUCCUCUCCCCCGGAGCCGAUGAGACCCAGCUGGGCACCCAGAUCGACUUCAUCAUUGGCAGAGGUCAUACGGUUGAUAACCUGUCCAAACAAGCCGCUGCUUUCAAUGCACCGUUUGUUCCAGACAGUGGCUGCCGACACCGACCACUCUCAGCCAAACUACCAAUGCCCCGAAGGCCGUACCACACUCCGGAUUCGAGCAAGGUCACAUCGCACAUGGUACGGAGAUCCCUUCAGGACCCGGACUUCGCCAAGCACCUCCAGGAACGCAUCGUUCCCGCCCUUCAGGCGGCGACUGCCACCUCAUCGAUAGACACCAUCCUCGAGUCAGGAUGGACCAGCACCAAGCUCCACCAUGGCGCCUCUCGUCAACACCUUGGCUCUGGACAAGCCGAAGACUACGAAGGAACUCUAUCAAUGGACCUGUCAUGCGCCACGGCCAUCACAAGUGCUCCAGACCUGGCAUGCAAGCAGCGCAAGACGAACAAAGUCGCCGAGGCGGUCCAAUCUACAGACAUUCGCAAGGCUGCCAAGCGUUUCGCUCCCAAGGACCUGAACAUCUCCACGGCAGAGAUCUCAGCCGCCUUUGGCAGGCUACGAUCGGGGAAGGACUCGAUUGCCCCGAUCAAACUUCAGUUCGACUACUACCUCACCAAGGGCUGCCAGCCCAUCUGCCUGCUGAGCUUACAAGCCAAGCUGUUAGCAUCGGUGGUAGCAGGUCGUCUCCAACCCUAUGUCUCCAAAUACCUGGAGAACCUGCCACAGUACGCGUACGUGGCUCAUCGGACAUUAGCCCAGGCACUGGAGCGAGUCAUAGGGCACUGUGCUGAAGUGAGGAGACUGGUUCAGCAACAAGCCUCCACACUACACUCCCGAAGACAAGGCAGCACGUCCCUCAGUCUCUAUGGCGGAUGCCAGCUAUCGCUAGACAUCACGAGUGCGUAUGAUCAUGUGCCAAGAUCGGCACUACGGCUGGCACUCCAAGACGCAGGCAUUCCCGACAAUCUCAUACAGGCCAUCCUUCUUAUACACGAGCAAGCCCGCAUCAAGAUCAAACAUGCAGAUCAGGAGACCUUGAUCAGUCUACACCGUGGACUUCGACAAGGCUGCGGCCUCGCGCCCAUCUUGUGGGCUCUGUACAGCGGAUGGGUGCUUAAACAGAUGAAUGAUCCCACACAACUGGCAGUCACUGAUACCGCCACAGUCUACGCUGAUGACCAGCGUUUCGCUUGGACCAUAAGGAAAGGCAGCGACUUGGAGAAGGCGUACAACGCCAUGAAACACGUGCUCCGCAGCCUUUCGGCCUAUGGCCUCACCGUUAGCACUGACAAGACGGUCAUACUCCUUGAGCUCAAAGGCUCGGCGGCGCCCAAGUCCCUUGCCAGGCACCGACUGGGAAUCGCCAAGGGGACCUUCACCAGGGCUGUGUAUGGCCAGCACUUCUUCAUGGACUCGAUGUUACGGGCCUUCCGCAACUUGAACUUCAGACUUCCUGAAGAGGCUCAAAAUCGAAGAUCCGGCCAG